AUGGAUCAUCUGGGUUCCAAAUCAAAUAUUUUUAGGGAGCUGAUUCUACCUUUCUUUCUUUCGUCCCUUCCUUUUCUUUCUUUUUUUUUUCUUACUUUCUUUCUUAAUUUCUCCUGUAUUCAUUAUUUCUUUUUCCUUUAUUUCAUUCUUUCUUGUUUUAUUGGUUUCUUUCUUUCUUUCUUUCUGUUUUUCUUUUCAUUUUUCUUAAUUAACUCAUAUUCUUUCUUUCAUUUCUUUCUUUCUUUCAUUUCUUUCUUUCUUUCUUUCUUUCUUUCUUUACGUUCUUAUUUUCCCUCUAAUCAUUUCUUUGUUCUUUCUUUCAUUCUUUAUUUCUUUAGUUGGUUUCAUUCUUUUAUUCUUUCCUCCCGUCUUUCUUUCCUUCUUCGUAUUUUCCCCUUUAUUUAUUAUUUCCAUUUUAUUCCUCCUUUUUUCUUUCUUUCUUUCUUUCUUUCUUUUUUCUUUCUUUCUUUCUUUUCAUUUAUUAUUUCCAAUUUUUGGUGCUUUCUUCUUUCCUUUAUCGUAUUUUUGUCUUUCCUUCUUUUUUCUUCAUUUUUUUCUUUCUUUAUUUCUUUCGUUCGCUCUUUGUUUACCUUCUUAAUUUCCCUGCAUUCCUCAUUUCUCUUUUCUUUCUUUCUUUCUUUCUUUCUUUCUUUCUUUACUUUUUUGUUCUUUCUUUCUUGCUUUUUCUGUUCUUCCUUUCUUGUUUUAUUGGUUACUUUUUUCUGUCUUUUCGUCUUUCCUUCCUUCUUUCUUAAUUAA